CGUCUUUUAAGGCGUAUUUAGAGAUACGCUAUAUUUAGCGGUGAAAACAGCAUAAGAUAGUCUUAAAAAGGAACAGAAGUAAAUAGAGCGGAGACCGAAAAAGAAACCCUCAUUACUGUCGAAGCUCGUCUGCGAAGAAUCCAUAUUCUAUUUUAUGGCUAUUUAAGUAUACUGAGGACACGACAAUUCCGCUACAAUUUUGAAAGUCGAAAGGAUAAAGAUUCGUGGCAAAUUUUGGUUUCAGGGUUUGGGAAUCAAAGGAGUAUGCGGCUCUUGUUAGAAGAGUAUGCAGUGAUCUGAAGAAUUUUGGAGAGGUCCGUCUAAGCGUUCAAAUGUUUUUCUUUCGCAGAAGGUGAAGUUUGGACAAAUUUAGCAAAUUUUAGCUACGUUACAUUUAAGUUCUCCUGCCUUUGUCCUGUUUGGGCCAAGGCAUUUCCAGUUUGGAAAGUCAGGUUUCAAGAAGGUUUUGUUGACAUUUGUACAAGUCCGAGCUUUGUCAAGAUUCUAUUUCAGAAGUUCUUUCAAGCAUUGAUUUUUCCUCUUUUCUUUGGUUUUACCUCUAUUUUAAUUCAAAGAAAUUCACAAUGGCGAGUUUGGAAGCUGUCCCCGGAACUCCUGAUGGCUCUGUGAAUUCUUCAACCUUUCGCAAAGAAGGUCCUGUUCUUUGUUUCAUCAACAAACGCCUGAGAAGUCUUAAGAAAAAGCACAAUCGUAUUCUCCAAAUUGAGGAGAACAAAUCGAAGGGAAAAACAAUUAACAAGGAGCAGGAAGAUGUUCUCCGGUCUAAGGUUGGUGUGUUGACUCUUAUUGAUGAAUUGGAGAAGCUGAAGCAACCUCUCAGUAUUGCUGUGAAGGAAGAAAUUGCUGAAAGGGAGAGAGAAUUGACGAGACGAGAUGAAGACAAUAGCUCUGCAAAUGAGGUAGUAAACAGCAAUGCUAAUGGUGAAACAAUAGAGAAUUCAGAACCUGACAGAAAUGAUGUUCUGCCCAAUGGAUGCUCAGAGGAAACUAGCAAGGCAUUGGAAGAGGGCAUUAUUAGGAAUGAUGAAGCCACUGACUCACUUGAAGGCCUCUUGAAAUUUCUGUAUUUUGCUCAACUAUUUCAUGUAACUUCUCAUGAAGGAUUUGCAUCAAUGAUGUGGACAAAAAUGCAUGAAAGAAUAUCAUGCCUUUCCUAUGACUUUGUCACAGAGGAUGCAACAGAUCAUUUGAAAGAAGAGGAUCUUGAUGCUUUGUCAUUCCUUGGUACAUUGUUGACAUCAAGGCCAUUUAAUACAACAAUUUCACACAAGGAUGCCCUCCAGAACUGCCUCCAUCAUGCACGGCAGUGGCUAUGCAACUCAGACCAGCCUAUUCAUCCAGACCUUCCGAUUACUUAUUCUGGUUUGAGAGAGAGACUAAACAGAAUUACUUCAUCAGAGUAUUUUGUCAUGACUCCCGAAAUAAAGAUACUCAGUCAGCAGGCUGCAUCUGUGGUGGCACCAGAUGUUUCUCUAUAUGUUCCUAAUGUUUUAUUAAAUCAGUCUUCUACAGAAGAUGAAGUUCUUCAAAUGGAAGGGGAAUCAAAUUACUUUCAAUAUCAAAACCAGAUUGAAACAGAGCAGCAACAGAACCAGAAGGAAGAACCAUCUGAACUAGUUGGCAUGAGUGAAGCAUCAGAUAUUGUUGGGGAUGGCAAUGCAUCUUCUCAGUAUGUUGGAGAGAGCAGUGGUUCAUCAGAAAUUCUGCAGAAUGAAGAGAAUCGAAUUUCUACUGGUGUUAUUCAUGAACAGUUGCAUUCUCCUCCACAGACAUUAGAACAAAAUGAACAGCAAAGGCCUCAGCAGCAGAACACUGGGCAGCAGCAGCAGCAGCAAUACUAUGCACGGAAUGGGGGCACUUUUAGAAGCAAUCAGAGCCACAGAGGUGGAAGGAGUAUGGGCCAAGGAGGCAGAGGUCGAGGUAGGGGAUAUAUAAAUGGACGAGGAAAUCGUGGGGACAGAGUUAGUUAUUCUAAUGGAUAUGGGCAGUAUUAUGACCAGGGCACCCAGCCCAGGAACUACUACGGCAGAAGAGGACGAGGUAGUAGAGGCGGGGGCCCUACACAUGCUGUUCCACUUCAAGAGUAGAUUCACAUGCAUAUUCUUUUCAAGGUUUUUGAUUCUAUGGCUUUCAUGUUCCCAUUAAAGUGAUUAACAUGGGAAAUUGGAUUUAGCAUGUACAAACAUAUUGAAGGUAGGACAUGGUUGUUCCAUUAUGAAAAGGUAGGGAUCAAUGUUUUGAUGUCAUUCCCCUUUCAGCUUAGUUUCCAUUUUCAAUAGGAAUGAAAAAUAGUUUUCAAUGUCCCAUGCAUCUUCACGAUCUAAAAGAUCCAGUUUUGCAUUCUACAAAAUUCAUGCCUUGUGGUUUGGUCUAAAGAUUCUUUAGAAUGCGGCUUCAUUUUGAAUCAUUUUCAUUUGAGCAAGGAUUAUUUUGAAGCACCUCCUUCUGUGAGUGAACCUCACUAUAGGGAUCCAGGUGACCAAGUAUGCAAGUUAUUUAUGGAUGGUGCUUGGGAAUUUUGUAACAUUAUAUCUGUUUGUGAGGAAGCUUUUUGCAGUCGACUUUGUGAAAAAUUACGAUUAUUUGUACAUGUAAAACUUGGAAAUAGAAGUUCUAGUAUGGUAGGAUGGGAGCCGUUACACUACAGGUUAUUUCAUUGUGAUCCAUUUUUUGAAAAACUUUGAAGGAAUACAACGGUUAUAUUACUUUGUUA